AUGAACCGCCUGAGCCGAGCUCGCAAGCACGCCGAGCGCGCAGCGUACUUGGAGAUCGUUUCCAACGAUCACGCAGCCGCCCUGGCCCACUACACGCAGGCCGCCAUGCACCUGGAGAACGCCCUGGAGAUCAUCCUCUGCCGCAUGCGCGCGUACGCUGCCAAGCUCGGGACGCUCAGUCCUCACGUGGCUUCGCCCGAGCGAUGGGAGCGUAUCUCUCUACCUCCCUGCCGCACCCGGGCCGUGGACAAGCGCUACGUCUGCGAGAUGGACGGCCUGGUCGUUCUGGGCCGCCACUGCGGUCGCUGCGUUGACGUCGGCUUUCCGGACGUGCUGCGGCAGCUCUUGCAGUUCACGCAGAUCCCGAGCUUCGGUGGCUCCCAGGCGUCCCCUCGCGACAGGCACAAGUCGUGGCGAACCGUGCUCCUGUCGGGUCCCGCUGCCACCGGCAAGCACAGCCUAGCGAGAGCGCUAAGUAGCGGCAUCCGCGUCUGCUCGGUGUCCUACGUGUACGUGCCGGAGUUGCUGCGCAAGCCGAAGCACAAGCUAGAGCUGGCCGUCAGGAGCAUCUUCGACGUUACCGGAUCGGUGGUGCCCACAGUGGUGAUCCUGGACAGGGUGGACGAGAUAUGCAGGGUGGGAGCAGCGCACGCGUCCAAGGUCUUCUCCGAGUGCAUACAAGAUGUCCUCGAUGACUGGGACCGCGACCCGGCGUCUCGCCGCUACGUGAUCGGCGUCACCAACAGCCCGUGGCUCCUGACCUCCGGCGUGCAGGCGUUGUUCCAGCGGCGCGUCUACGUCCCGCUUCCCGACCACACGUGCCGGGCCACGAUUGCGCAGCACCUCCUCUCGGGCUCCGACGGCUACGCGGCCUCACUUUCACUCGGUGACAUCGCGGAUGCCACGGAGGGCUUCACGAGCACCGAGCUCGCCAUGUGCCUGCGCAGCCCCUUCUGGCGCAUCGACUCGCGCAAGAAGCUCGACGAGCGGUUCGUGGACCUGGUCAGCGUCUCCGGUUUGGGAAGCGUGCGUUGCUGCUGCUGCUUCUGCGUCGAAGAGGUCGAGCCGGACGAGGAACUGACGACGCCGCAGCAGUUGUCGGACCUCUCGGAAGCGGGGCCCGAAGGUCCCAGCACGACGCCGCUCAUCGCCAUCGACGCCGAGCUGCAGAAGGCCAUUGGGGCCAUGACCCGAGUGCUGGCGCAGAACGCGAGACCUAGACCGCCACUCCGACAGGCCGCGGUGAGGACGUCGUCGAAAUCGUCGGUGCGGAACUGCAUAAUUUCCUGAUAUAUGAA